AUGGCUGAUAUGAGCAACUCUUCUGCUGGACUUGGCGACGAUGUUCCACGGACUGCCAGUAUCACUCCUCAAGAUAUCAAUCAUCUUGCUAGAGUCGAUACCAAUGUUGCUGCAGAAGCGGCAAGAGCAACUCAGUCUGAAGUCUCCAUGACACUCUGGCAGGCCAUGAAGACUUAUCCCAAGGCUAUUGGAUGGAGUGUGCUCAUCUCAACCUGUAUCAUCAUCAGUGCUGCCUGGCAGUCCGGACUUUCGAACGGUGCUUUGGUUGGCGAAGUGCUGGGCCUUCUGUUCAUUGGUUACGUUGUAGAACGUAUCGGCUACAAGAAGACCAUGAUCGGAUCUCUCACCCUUCUUACUGGCUUCAUCUUCAUUGUCUUCUUCGCACAAAGUCUUCCCAUGCUGCUUGUGGGUGAGAUCCUCAUGGGAAUUCCUUGGGGAGCCUUCCAAACCCUUACAACCACCUAUGCAGCUGAAGUAUGCCCUGUCAGUCUCCGUGCCUACCUUACAACCUAUGUCAAUCUUUGCUGGGUUAUCGGUCAAUUUCUCUCCUCAGCUGUUCUCAAGAGUGUUGUAAACGAGACUGGUCCUAUCGGCUACAAACUACCUUAUGGACUCCAGUGGAUCUGGCCUCUUCCCUUGAUUAUCGGUAUUGCAUUGGCACCUGAGUCACCUUGGUGGCUAGUCCGCAAGAACCGCCCAGAGGAAGCCAAGAAGCAGGUCUUGCGCUUGACCUCCCGCAACCAGACCGAAUCUGGCUUCAAUGUGGAUGAAACAGUCAAUAUGAUGGUCUACACCAAUGAGCUUGAGAAGGCGAAUACUGAAGGAACGAGCUAUUGGGACUGCUUCAAGGGUACUGAUCUUCGCCGCACCGAAAUUGUCUGUGUCGUUUGGGGCAUUCAGACCAUGUGCGGUGCGUCCUCAUUCACAGGCUACUCCACUUACUUCUUCGAACAAGCUGGUCUCGAUGUCUCUGCUGCUUUCUCCAUGUCGCUGGGUCAAUAUGGUCUUGGUGCUGUUGGAACACUUCUCUCAUGGGUGUUAAUGAUGAAGUUUGGUCGCCGCACUUUGUACCUCUGGGGACAGAUCGCCAUGGCGAGCAUUCUGUUGAUCGUCGGAUUCCUCGGUAUCGCACCUAAAAGUCUGGAAGGCGCUCAGUGGGGCAUCGGAGCCAUGAUUCUGGUUUACACAUUCGUGUAUGACAUGACCGUAGGCCCAGUCUGCUACUCUCUCGUCGCUGAGCUCUCCUCAACCCGCCUUCGUAAUAAAACCGUCGUCCUCGCGCGCAACCUCUACAACGUCACCGGUGUCGUAGCCAACGUGCUCACUCCUCACAUGCUCAACCCCGGUGCAUGGAACUGGGGCGCCAAAGCUGGGUUCUUCUGGGCUGGCACUGGAGCUUUGUGUGCAGUGUGGACAUACUUCCGACUUCCUGAGCCAAAGGGCAGAACAUACGCCGAGAUGGAUAUGCUGUUCGAGGCAAAGGUCUCGGCAAGAAAGUUCAAGGAGACCAACGUGGAGAGUUUCGAUGAUAGUGUGAUGCAUGCAAAGAGUGCUGAGAAGAGUGCUGUUGAGUACGUCGAUAAGAUUGAGGCUUGA